UUGUUGACGAGAGUAAUUGUUGCAUAACUUUAUAAAAUAAAAACUGCAAUCCACACAUACAUCAAAGGAACUUAUAAUAAUUACUUUUGUUUCACCUUUUAAAUGUAUUCUUCUGAAAAGAAAAUCUGUCGUGAAGAGAAUAAAUUACUUUGUAACACACGUGCAAUUAUUUUGAACGAUAUUUGUUUAUAUUUCAGACCUGAAGGAAGAUUUGAUAGCUCUCUACAGGGAACAGUAUCAUAACCUGCCUCUUUCGCCUUUAAUAGAAGAACAAGACACUCCUCUGCUUAAGUUUUACGUCAUGCCGGACAUCAAUUCAGUGGAAAUCCAGAGAUCGCUCGGAGGUGGCAAUGAAAUUAAGUCAGAGGUAACCUCACUACGUGAUGUGUUCUACAAGAAAAACAAAAAGUGUCGUAAAAUUUAUCUUACAGCAGAUGCUGGACUCGGGAAAACUGCAUUUAGUAAGCGACUCGUGUUGACGUGGUGUCAAGCUAAAAUGGGUAUCAAAAGUGAACAACAUUUCUUUAAGGAGGAAGAUAUUCAGGCAAUGUCAGAGUUUGAAUUUGUGUUUUUGUUGUCAUUGCGCGAUUGUUCUGAGGAAUGCGACAUUGAUGAGAUGAUCGUGAAACAAGUAAUUCCACGGCUGGCACACGCUUCUGUAACUGUACGCGACAUAGAAACUAUUAUUUCUAAGGGUAAAGGCUUGGUAAUUCUUGAUGGUUUGGAUGAAUGGAUACAUCCUGAGACCACCUGUAAGCUAGGACCACGUGACAUUCCACACAGGAAAGCUAGGGAAUGUACAAUCCUCACAACAACUAGACCGUGGAAGUUGAGUGUUAUCAGUUUAAGUUCAAGUCAAAUAGAUCAAAAGUUGGAACUUGUCGGACUUAACGAAGAGUCAGCCUAUGAAUUAAAGAAGAAUGUGAUUUCACUUUUGUGUGAGAAACCUCAAAUUACAGAUGAGCAUAUUGAUAAAUUUGAUUCUGCUGUCGAAGAUAAAGGUAUUUCGGAUUUGGAAACCAUUCCACUUUUGUUGAUGUAUCUUCUGUGUUUAUGGUGUGAUGAAAUAGAUCUAGGAAGGUCUAAAUGUGUGUUAUACUGUCAAAUUGUUGAACUGCUCCUGAAACGAACGUUCAAAAAAUAUCCAGCCCUGCAGCAGGCGCGCGAACCACCCCGAAGUGAUAUCCCGCAAUUCUUCAGUGAACUCGUGCAUUGUAAAAAUUAUUACACACUUCUGCAAGCUUUAGGACAAUUAGCAUUUGGAACAUUAUUCAGUGAAAAACAUGAAAGCACACUGGCAUUUAGUCCAUUAGUUACGAAAAAGUAUCUCAACACAGAAGAUAUGAAAUUAUGUCUUGAAUCAGGAAUAUUAACACAAAGUAAGGAAGUAAAAUUAAUCAGUCAAAGUUCUAAAGUUUCGUUUUCACACAAAACAGUACAAGAAUAUUUCUGUGCACUGCACAUUAGCUGCCUAAAUGAAAGUGAGGUCCAAAAUUUAGUGCAACAAAAAUUCAGCAGUGUUCAAAAUAUUCUUGAUAUGUCGCAAGUGUUUAUUUUCAUCAGUGGAAUGAAUGCAGAAAUCAUGUCUUCAAUAUCACGCGAAUUAAUGUCUGUAAUCAGUGAAGAUAAAAUAACGAGAACAUACAGAUCUAUGGCAGAAUACGAUUACAGGUACGUUAAACCUCUGAUAGACAUACAAAACAUGUACAUUUCUUGUUUGAAAGAAAACACGGACAACACUUCUCUUUGUUUCCAGGAUUUUAUCAUCGAUAGAGAAUGUAAACAAGAAAAUCACUUCUUGAAUUUAAAACAGCUGGUGAUACACAAUAAAAGUAAUAUUAUGUCAUUAAGUAUCCAAAUAGAAGGCAUUCGUUGUUUACGUGAACUUAUCGAUCAGUGUGAAAUUGAUGACCUGCACAGCGUCAAGAAAAUCUAUUACGAAGGGGAAUGCGAGGAAACGGAAAUUAUUCGGUUGUUGACAAACAAGUCGUUGGAAUGUGUAGCUGUUGUAUCACAUACAUGGCAAGGUAAUAAGUUUAUAGGCAAACUUAGUUCUUGUUCCAGUGAACUGUCUAAAACAUUUCAGAAUAUUUCUCAGUUACGAGCAAUUUAUAUCAGUUGUUUCGAGAUGGAGCACGAUGUGCUGAAGCAGUUUCUGAAUUAUAUUAUAAACAGAAAAUCAAUGGCAAAGAUUAGAUUGCACAAUUUACACUGUGUCACACACGAUAUUUCCUGCGGAGAAAUGAAUUUGGACUUUUCCCAGCAUUCAGAUCUAAGGGCGUUAGCAUUGAGCGGUAUACCUGUGUCACAAUUAAAAGUGAAUGUAUCGUCGUUAGAGGAUUGUACUGUAGGACGUUUAUCUAAACCCGGUCUGUCCACGUCAUUGCUGAGAGAGCUGCCAGCAGCCAGUAAACUACACACAUUUAAUUGUAGUGGUCUAGAAUCUUCCGGUGACAUUGAAACAUUGCUGCAGACAUUACCAUUGUUAGUUCCAGUGAAAGAAGUUAGGUUGUGGGGUAUCAACCUAGGCGAAAGGUCACUGUCUCUGUCACCGGAAAUGGUGAAUAUACAGAUUGUUUACUUGUAUAAGGUAACAAUGUCUGGUUCAUCAUUACGUAAUCUAGUUAAGGUAGUAGAGAAACUUCCACACUCAGUGACAGUAAGAAUGCGAGAUUGUAAUAUAACACCGGAAACAGAAUUUGCAGACGUUAAAAAAUAUAUAAAAACAUCGGAGAAUUUCGUGGUCACGUUUGAUGGAAUCAGUCAGUACGGCGAGUACGCGUUUGAGUUUCAAACAACUGAAGCUGGAAGUCGAGUACAUUAAGUUAACCAGUGAACUUGGACUGAUAGUGUAAAUAUUUCAUAAACAUUACUCAUUGAAUAUAUGUAACAUUAAACAUAACACAGAGACAUAUGACAUAUGACACACAUAUAUGUACAGAGUUAAAAAUAGCUGCUCGCGAGUGAAAUAGACACGAAAAUCAAUUCUAAUUUACCAGUACUGAUUAAGAUAGAACAGGGGUUAAAAUAGUUGUGCAUAGAUGAAGAGGAUGGACGUUCUCAUACCUACAUUGAUUGAUUACACAAGCCCGCCUGUGUUCACUGGGUUGCUGCUAUGUACUGGUGUGUCGUAUGACAGUAGAUGAAACGACUUGUCGUCCAAAUCUGAAAUCAACUAAUUAUACUCUUGUCAAGAGCAAUUGUGUGGCAUUCGUCACAGGGGGUUCAGUUUUGUUUACCAGUGUUGGUGGGAUUCUGUCUCCAGAAGUUGAACAUUUUAUUGACCUCAAAGGGCCUGUACAAUCUGUUAGUCAAGAGAUCAGGGUGUACAGUAGUACUGUACUAAAUUCUGGAGUGGUGUAACUCUGUGUCAAAGUUCGGGUCCUUUGUUUAGGCCUAAAUGGUGAAACAGGAGUAUCUGUCGCACCAAUAUUUUGAAAGACCACCAGUUGCGAUUCAGAACCUUCAGCACCACUAAAUAGUAAGUUCGUAGACCAUUGGUUUUACCACCAGGAUCCCUUUUCAAUUGAAAAUUUAUCAGACAAUGAUUGUACUGUUUUAAACCUGGAUCUGAAGACAUUAAUGUUACAGUAAAUAAAUCUUUACAAUCAUCCAAUUCUGCUAGACUAAGUAGACACAGACUGAUGAGAGUACUAAGAUUUGGACCAUCAGCUUAAUAUUGCUAACUGGAUCCCAGCUUAACUGAGAAGUAACUAAGCUUGCAGAUCAGCAGUUGUACACAACUAUUUGCAUACCAGCUCCUGUGAAAUUUUGUGUGAUAUUAGAUGUUCGAUUUUCGACACAACAAUAUGAAUCUGAUUUAGAAUAAUAAGCCUCGCAGUAAUAUUCUACAUUAAUAAAGAAAUUGAGAUUGUAAACCCAGUACAUGUAAGAUCACCUGUAGUGAUUAGCAACCGCUACAACUAUUUUUAGCUCGACUGUUUGGAGAAAAAGUAGAGCUAUUGCACUCGCCCUUGCGUCGGCAUCGCCAUUGGUUAAAGUUUUUGAUUAAUUUAAGUGAAAUAUUUCUGUUACUAUCAAAGCUAUUGACUUGAAACUUAAAAUACUUAUUUACUAUCAAAGUCUACACCAGGAGAAGUAAUCCGCAUAACUCUCAUUAGAAUUUUGACAGAAUUAUGCCCCUUUUUAACUUAACUUUUUAAAAUUUUUUGAUAAAGUCAAAUAUCUCCGUUACUAUUAAAGCUUUUGACUUGAAACUCAAAAAAGUUAUUUACAAUCAAAGUCUGCAAGAGGAGACACAAUUUCCAUAACUCUUAUUUGAGUUUUGACAGAGUUAUGUCCCUUUUUAACUUUGGAAUUUUUACUGGCAAAUCUCUAAUUCAGAGUCAAACACUGAGAAAAGUCGAGUGCACAUGUCAUGUCAUAUGUCUUUCGUUCCUUCAUUUCAUAUACUGCCAUUAGUUUGUUCAUGACUAUCAAUACUCGGGGAAAUCAGAUUCAGUAUCCUGUACAUAACAUGCGUUUCACACAAUUCAUUUUGUACAUACAUAGACAAUACAUUUCAGAUUAAUAUUAAGUAUACUGUCUAUUUGUAGCAUUUUCAUCGUCACUUAAUUGAUGCCUAGCAUUUCGUUACAAUACUCAGGGAAUACACAUUUGUCAUAUUAUAUGUACAUAUACCUGUUUUGAUUGAUAGCACAGCUUUAGGUUUGGAGAAAAAAAAAGACUAGUGCAAGUGUAAAUAUGUGUUUCUCCAUUAGUCUGUUAUUUGUAAUUAAGUUCUUUUUUCUAUACUAAGAUUUGAAUUUGUUUCCCGUAUUGUUUUGUACAUAAACAUACAUUGUUUAAGUUGAAUUUACAUGCACAAAAUUGGUUGUUUAUACAUGUGUAUAUAUCUUGUGUUUCGUUAGGAUAGUAAGGAAAUAGACAGAUUGUUUUGUUAUUAUGUAGCAGACUGCAUUAUAAUAUAAUAGAUAGUUUUAUACUUGCCUUUAAUUGAUAUGAUUUUGACAGAAUAAAUACACAGGUGCAUUUUAACUUUGUGUACAUAAUGAUAGAUUUUGUGCAGAUCUUUGUCACCCUUCAGAUUUAGUAACAAGGGAAGUAAAUACUAAAUUUAUUUUUAAUAUUUCAAAUGAAGUUUAGAGAUUCUUGUUGGGGAUAACACUAUGAAAAGCUUUCCUUUGACCUCCACAUCCUAGAAAUGUUUUAAAGUUAUACAUUAUGUACACAAAGGGUAUACCGGUAGUUAUUAAAUGAUAGUUUUAAAGUGUUGUACAGUACAUUUUAUCUUAUGAAAAGGCUAUACAAUGUUUUAGAUUGUUCAGCAGUGAGUUAAAAACAAGAAAAUCAAUGUUAAUCAUUUGGAAUGUAGAAGUUUAAUUUUGAUUUUUGAAAUUAUGUGGUUUUCGUCAUAAAUACAUUUUUAUUUUGUAAUAUAAACAGUCUGGACCAUGUGUGAUUCAGCUACAUUUGAAAUUCACUUGUACAUAGUUUGUAUAUAACAUGUUUCUUUUAUGUUAAAAUGUCGAGUCACUUGCCUCCGCUCUUACGGAAGGUCAGUGGUUCUACCAUGCAUAUACAAACCAGUGCCUGAAAAUGCCAGGAGGGCACUUGGAGUCUUCCCUCACUACCAAAAGCUGGAAUGUUAUUAUAUGACAAGAUCAAGAUGUUGAUUGGAUGUUAAUAAUAAUAAAAUGGUAAGGCAUACUCAACACAUGUCGAUGAUGCCCACAGCUAAAGUAACCAUUUCAAAAGAGCUCGGGUUUUUUAAUUGGCGAGCUUGUAUAUAUGUAUAUACACAUCACAUUUUAUUUCGCUGAGGUUGUGAAUUUGAAUGAGCAGCAGUAUUUAGAGUUUUGUUUUCACUGUACAUGUGUUAUUUAGGUACAUUUAAGUGUUUGUUUAACACGAAAGUGACAGACUUCGUGUAACUGUUCAGUCUUCAGAAUAGUAUAGUAAAAUAGGUAAAACUAAAGAGCUAUACGCAAUUUAGUCACUGUCUGAUCUAUCCAUCUAUAUAUAUAUAUAUAUAUAUAUAUAUAUAUAUAUAUAUAUAUAUAUAUAUAUAUCUGUUUGUACAUAAUUUUAUUCAGUUAAGCUUUGAUGUUAAAAUUUUAUAUUAUUUUUGUCUUAAUUCAGAUAAUGAUUAUGUUUAAAAUGUAUUGUGGAAUUUGUUAAAUGAACACUAUUUUGUCCAAGAGCAUAAGAAGGGAAAUAACCGCUGGAGUAGAAUGUAACCUGUUCUAAAUAUUGGACAGUUGUAGUAUUACCACUGUUUACAAUUAUUCCAAAAGAAAAUCUCAAAGUCAUAUAUUUUCUGUCCAGUAAGCUAAGUUAUAAACAAAUCAAUUUUUACAGAGCACAAGCCUCUCUCAAUUGGAUUUCAUUCACAAUAAAAGAUACAGUACUAUCACUGUUCAAGUUAAGAAUGAUGUAUUUCAUUAAAUGAUACCUGUAUGCUCUUGUGUAGCAUCCUUUUGGAGGAAACUAGUCAAAAUAUGUUGACUGCUUCCCAAAGGAGAAACAAUCUACUAUAUUUAGUAUAUAUAAGUUUCCAGUUCUGCAAGUAGGGAAGUAGAAAUAUUAAAUUUGGAAAUGAAAUAAACAAAACGCUUUAUAGCCAGUUUAGCUCUGCUCACGGGGAAUCUUUGGCAAAGGUUCGACUGUACAUAAUUAUAUCAUUUAUGAUAAGUUAUCAUAUUUUAAUGGUUUGUUUUCUAAACAAUUCAUCAUAUAUUUUAACCAUAUAUUGUUUCCCAUCUUAUCAGGGAUAAACUAUUUCCACGCAUUAUGUUGAAGCAUUGUUUAAAGUUUCUCGUAAAAUCUGGGAACAAAAUGGUAUAUUAUAGAUCCAUUGUUUGUUUUAGGGCCUGCAUUUGUCUUUGACUUGUUUUAUUGUAGAUUGACGUAUUUAGUAAAAUGAUAACAGUGUGAUAGUUGUUCGAACAUGAUAUAUAUUUUAAUGACCUUGGUUAUAUCAGUUCACUUUUAAUACAUUGAUAUCGCCAGUAUAAAACUGAAGCUGCAAAAAGUAAUCGAAGGAGAGAAAGCUUUUAUAAAUUUUAGGGAUACUUUUCUGAACCGCAGUCCUUCAAGUUUCUCUUAAACUUCUCUACUCAUAUAAUGAAUCAGGCCAUUUUAGUAAAGGCACAAUAAUACUCAAUACUGGAGGAUAGAAACAAUCCUCAUUUUUUAUGCCCCCCUUCGAAGGAGGGGUAUAUUGUUUUGCAGAUGUCGAUUGGGCGGUCGGAAUGUAGACCAAUCAUUUAUAGAAAUGUAAACAAACCUAAUUACCCAUGCGUUUAUACCCACAUUUUAGCUGUCAGUUUUGAAGAUAUUCCAGAGUGUUGAACUGUCAGAAAAAUAAAACUCUCUUAGAAGAUACAUGACCGUACUUUUCUUGGUGAAUUUUGGUGAUAACUUUGUAGGUCAUUUAAGAACAAAAGGCUAGUAACCCUUUUUUUAAAUUGGUCUUGCUAUGUGUUACAGCUGUCAGAAGAUUGUUGAUAGAACAUAUAGAAUUCCCAUCAUUUGGUCACAUGCACAUUUUUGUCGUUUUUAAUUAGAUAAUUGGAUGGGUACCAAACAAAGAAGCAGAAAUUUUCUUACUUUCAUGAAAAUCUAAAAAUUGUUUAAAUAGAGUAUGAUAUUAUAUACAUUUUUAGUUUCAUGUUUCAUGAACUGAUUUUUCAUGAGCCAGGAACCAUAAUUUUGCCUUUACAUCUUAAGUUUAAAGGUACAUUUGACCUAAAUUUUGUAUUUGAAAAUAUAAACAGUUAUUAGAUAUAGCUUAUGUAAACAUCAAAUUAACAAGUUUAUAUACCAUGCAUUAGCUUAAAUUAAGUACACAAUGUACACAUGUAUAGCUAAACACAGUAUUUAAUGUCUCUUCCACUUAUAAAUUAGAAAAUUUUGAAAAUCGGCUGUUACUUCAUGACAUUUUUAUGAACCUUUUCAUUCAGAAUUAAUUACUUUGUAUAUUUAGUAACGUUUCAUAUAUUCAAUUGAGAUUUUCUACAUUUUAAGAAAAUGUCUGAAUAUUAAAUAUUUUAGUGAAAGAUAGUCAUUGGGUCAUUCAUGUCUCAUGGACCCUGCUUUCAUGAGCUAGGAACCAUGAUUUUUAGCUCACCUGAGCACAAAGGGUUCAAGGUGAGCUUUUGUGAUCACCCUGUGUCCGUCCUCGUCAUUUGUCCGUUGUCAACAAUUUGACUGUUAACACUCUUGAGAUCACAAUCUGAAACUUGGUCAGAAUGUUACCCUCAAUAAAAUCUUGGACGAGAUUUAUAUUUGGUCAUCUGGGAACAAAAACCAGGUCACCAGGUCAAAUCAAAAGAAAAGCCUGUUAACACAAGAGGUCGCAAUUUUGGUCCAAUCUUAAUGAAACUUGGUCAGAAUGUAACUCUCAAUAAAAUUUUAGAAGAGUUUGAUAUUAAGUCAUCUGGGGUCAAAAACAAGGUCACAAGGUCAAAUCUAAGGAAAAGCUUGUUAACACUCUAGAGGCCACAUCUAUGACUGUAUCUUCAUGAAACUUAGCCAGAAUGUUAAUCUUGAUGAUUUCAAGGUAAUGUUUGAAUCUGAAUUAUGUGGGUUUAAAAACUAGGUCACCAGGUCAAAUCAAAGGAAAAGCUUGUUAAACACUCUAGAGGUCACAAUUUUGGUCUAAUCUUAACGAAACUUGGUUAGAAUGUUACUCUCAAUAAAAUCUUGAAAGAAUCCGAUAUUGAGUCAUCUGGGGUCAAAAACUAGGUCACCAUGUCAAAUUUAAGGAAAAGCUUGUCAACACACUAGAGGCCACAUUUACGAGUGUAUCUUCAUGAAACUUGGCCAGAAUGUAAAUCUCGAUGAUCUCUAAGUAAUGGUUGAAUCUUGGUUAUGUGGAGUUAAAAACUAGGUCACCAGGUCAAAUCAAAGGAAAAGUUUCUUAACACGCUAGAGGCCACAUUUAUGACUGUAUCUUCAUGAAUCUUGGUUAGAAUGUUAAUCUUGAUGAUCUUUAGGACAAGUUCAAAUCUGGGUCAGAUGGGGUCAAAAACUAGGUCACUAGAUGAUAUCAAAGGAAAGGGUACUUAACACUCUAGUGGCCACAUUCAUUGCCAUAUCUUAAUGAAUCUUAGAAUGUUCAGCUUGAUGAUCCUUAGGUCAAGUUUAAAUCUUGGUCAGGUAGGGUCGAAAACCAGGUCAUCAGGUCAAAGCAAAGGAAAAGCUCCUUAACACUCUUAGAGGCCACAUUCAUGGCCAUAACCUGGUUAGAAUGUUAAUCUUGAUGAGUUUUAGGUCAAGUUCAAAUCUAGGUCAAGUAAAAUAAAUAACUAGGUCACUUGAUCAAAUCAAAGGAAAAGGUACUUAACACUUUAAUGAAACUUGGUCAGAAUGUUAAUCUUGAUGAUCUUUAGGUCAAGUUUAAAUAUUGGUCAGGCGGGGUCGAAAACUAGGUCACCAAGUCAAAUCAAAUGAAAAGCUCCUUAACACCCUAGAGGGCAUAUUGAUGGCCAUAACUUAAUGCAACUUGGUCAGAAUGUUACCCUUGAUGAUCUUUAGGUCAACAUCCAAUUUGGGUCCUGUGGAGUCAAAAACUAGGUCUCUAAGUCAAAUUAAAGGAAAAAACUAGUUAACACUCUAGAGGCCACAUUUAAUACCAUAUCUUAAUGAAACUUGGUCAGAAUGUUGAUUGCGAUGGUCUUUAGGUCAAUAGGUCAGGUGACCUAUACAGGGCCUUCAUGGCCCUCUUGUCCCUAUACAUUUCAGAAUGUUAAUCUUGAUGAUCUUUAGGUCAAGUUUGAAUCUGGGUCAUGUAGAAUCAAAAACUAGGUCACUAGGUCAAAUUAAAGCAAAAACUAGUUAACACUCUAGAGGCCACAUUUAAUACCAUAUCUUAAUGAAACUUGGUCAGAAUGUUAAUUGCGAUGAUCUUUAGGUCAAUAGGUCAGGUGAUUGAUACAGGGCCUUCCUGACCCUCUUGUUCCUAUACAUUUUCAAUUUAAUUUUUCAUGAACGGUGUUUUUAUUUUAGCCAGGAACCAUGAUCCUUAAUAAGUUUUAAUGAUUCAUGAACGGUGUUUUUAUCAUAGCCAGGAACCAUGAUCCUUAAUAAGUUUUAAUGAUUCAUGAACCGUGUUUUCAUGAGCCAAGAAUCAUGAUUUUGGGUAUUGAGAUUAUGUGAUUAUCAUUUGAUUAUAUUUAUCUUGUUUUGAAAUGUUUAUAUGUUCAAUGUAUGAACUUACCAAAAUAUGUGCAAACAUAUUUUACUGAUUAUAAAUUUUAAUAACUUUAAUGUAUAUAUUGUACUAUUGAGAAUGUUUUGAAUUAAAAGGUAACAAUGGAA